GCGCGGCUUACAUAAGACGUACGCCAAAGAACAGCAGCAUGUUGUCUGGAGCUUCCCGAUAGUUGAUGCGGAGAGCCGUUCUGGAAAUCUGCCAUUCAUCAUCCCACCAUGGAGGGACUGUUCUUCAACGUUAACAGCGGCUACAUCGAGGGGAUUGUUCGCGGAUAUCGGAACAGCCUGCUCACCGGACAACAUUAUUCAAACCUGACACAAUGCGAAACUAUCGAUGAUGUCAAACUGCAGCUGGCGCCUGCAUAUGGCGACUUUCUCGGAGCUCUCCCCCCCAACCCCUCCACUUCUGCUCUCGCGGGCAAGAUGACCGACAAGCUCGUCGCCGAGUUCCGCUACCUCCUUGCGCAGGCCACGGGCUCUACAGCGAAAUUUCUAGAGUUUCUGACUUACGGAUACAUGAUCGACAACAUCGCUCUCCUCAUUACCGGAACCUUGCACGAGCGUGAUACUCGGGAGCUCUUGGAGCGAUGCCACCCCCUUGGAUGGUUCGAAACUUUGCCUGUACUAUGCGUUGCAACGAACAUUGAAGAAUUGUACAACUCGGUGUUGAUUGAAACGCCAUUGGCUGGCUUCUUCAAGGGCAGCCUCAGCCACCAGGAUCUGGACGAGCUCAACAUUGAAAUCGUACGCAACACGCUCUACAAGAACUACCUUGAAGAAUUCUAUAAAUUUGUCACUACACACCCAGACUUCAAGGGUACGCCAACGCAAGAGGUCAUGGCAGAGAUCCUGCAAUUCGAGGCGGAUCGACGUGCCAUCAACAUCACAUUGAACUCAUUUGGCACAGAGCUUUCCAAACCCGAGCGGAGAAAGUUGUACCCCGAAUUCGGUAAAUUGUAUCCCGAGGGCUCAUUGAUGCUCUCUCGGGCCGAUGAUAUUGAGGCCGUGUCGCUGGCCGUGAGUAUAUCUGCGGAUUACAAGGCGUUCUUUGAUGCCGUGGGCCUUACCCAAGGCGGAGGCGGCCUUGGUGGCAUGGGAGGCUCCGACGGAAAGAGCCUGGAGGAUCUGUUCUACCAAAAAGAGAUGGAACUGAGCAAGCUUGUUUUCACCAGACAGUUCACUCCUGCUAUAGUGUAUGCUUGGAUGCGGCUGAAGGAACAGGAAAUCCGAAACGUCACCUGGAUCUCCGAGUGUAUUGCUCAGAACCAGAAGGAGAGGAUUGGAAAUUUCAUCUCUGUCUUCUAAGCUUCUUCUUCACCCCCCAUUCAUGUGUCUCGAUACCUUCCCGAACUCGACCCCAGUGGGUUCGACCCGUCUCCUUCAUGUCUCCCUGCUUUUGUUGAACAUUACCCAAUUCUACGAGCGUAUCAAUUCAUCGGCAUAACUUAUGUGCCCGUGCCAACCCGUGACCAAAUAUGUUAUCUCUUAUCUAGGCGUUUGGGACAUCUUCGUGUGACAUAGUACCUACAUAGCACCACCGUGGUGUUAUAAUAUAGAUGAUAAAGAAGUAAUCUUCUUUUUCAAUUGGC